AUGCGCUUCAUCUGUAACAUCACGGUGCGGUCCACGACGACGCUCCCCGGUGGUGAUGAGGAGUGCGCGGUGUUGCAUGAGGUGUCGGCGCUGCUCUUCUCGGUACAGCGGGUCUUCAAGAGCCUCUCCAACUACGAGCUCAUGGACCUCGCCGUCGACAACCGCACACGCUGCUUCCGGCACCUCCAGGUGGGCCUCACCUGCCACGCCGAGUUCAGCAUCGACCCGCUCCGCGUGGCACCGUUCGUGAAGCUGGCCAACACGUGCAACGCGAAGCUGGCCAACACGUGCAACGCGAUGCUGGGCGUGCGUGGCGCCGGGCUAACCAACAUGGUGUUCCCGUGCACGAGAGGAUCCAAUGCCCCUCCGCACUACCCCACGUGA